AGGCUUCCUCUCAAUUAAAAUGGCGAAUAAAUAAGAGGUCACAAAUAUUGACAUUUGGACCUGAGUGAAAAUAUUUCGACUUUGAUCAAAAGAGUGAAAGUUUGAAGAAAAUUAUGCACGUCGCAGUGGUGGGCUGUGCUCAUGGAGAGCUUGAAACAAUUUACGAAACGCUUGCGUUGAUUGAAGAACAGGAGAACGUAAAAGCCGAUUUGCUACUAUGUUGUGGCGAUUUUCAGGCAACACGAAAUUUGGAUGAUCUGAAAUGUACGGCACAACCAGAAAGACAUCGUCAGAUUGGCUCGUUUUAUAAGUACUACAGUGGAGAAAAGGAAGCGCCAGUUCUGACAAUUUUCAUUGGAGGUAAUCAUGAAGCAUCGAAUUUUCUUCAAGAACUUCCAUUUGGCGGCUGGGUGGCUCCAAAGAUAUAUUAUUUGGGCUAUGCUGGUGUCGUGACAUACAAAGGAAUUCGUAUUGGUGGCGUAUCUGGCAUCUUCAAAGAAAACGACUACUUCAGAGGCCACUUCGAGUCUUCGCCAUACAAUCCCAGCACUCUUAGGUCUGUCUAUCACUAUCGACAACAAGACUUAUUUCGUCUACAUCAAUUGGGUAAACAAGUCGACAUUAUUAUGUCUCAUGACUGGCCAACUGAGGUCUAUUACUUUGGUAAUACGGCAGAAUUGAUUGAAACAAAGCCACACUUCGACCAUCAAAUCCGUGACAAUGUUCUCGGUAGUCCACCGUUGCACGAAUUGAUGAAGAAAGUGAAACCAAAAUAUUGGUUUUCCGCACAUUUGCACUGUAAGUUUGCAGCAAUCAUACCGCAUGAUGAUGAGGACAGAAGUGAAACAAAAUUUCUCGGCCUAGACAAAUGCUUGCCAGGUCGACCAUUUUUACAAAUACUCGACAUUGAAGUGGGUGACUGCUCCGACAAUUGCACUGAAUUGCAGUAUGAUUUGGAAUGGCUAACCAUUGUGUAUUCGACGAAGCAUUUAAUGACAGUGGAGAAGGCUGCCGCGCGUAUGCCUAAAGUAGGGGAUCCGAACAGUCAAUGGGAUUUUCAACCGACGUACGAGGCGAUGGAAUCGGUUCGCCAGAAAUUUGGUGAUAAUCUGCAAAUACCGAAAACAUUUGAAAAGACCGCAGCUCCGUACGAUCCACUGAAUCGUUAUGCAAUUCUGAGACGAACACAAAGUGUUCAGUUUCGUAAUCGACAAACAACUGACUUGUGCAAUGUUUUGGAAAUUGAUGAUCCACUGGAUUUAAUUGCUAUGAGUCAUGUGGUUGCUUCGGAGAAAAUUUGAAUUUCCGUUUUG